AUGCCCGCUCCGACUGCGCUCCUGCGCCUCGCUACGCGCCGUGCCGCCUCGCCCGCGUUCGCCGCGCGGCCCGCCGCCGUCGGGCCGAGCGCACCGUCGCGCAGCUUCCAGUCGGCCGCGCACCAGGAGUCGCCCUCGCACAAGCUCCGCCUCCAGACCGAGGAGGGCCAGGCUGUCGCGCCAGAGCACGACCAGCUCCACGAGAACCAGGAGUACACCGAGCACGAGAAGAACCUGCGUCCCAUCUGGACGGCGCUUCGCGGACGCGCCCUCUUGAACGAGCCGACGCUCAACAAGGGCGCCGGGUUCACGUUCGAGGAGCGCACGUCGUUCGGGCUUUGCGGUCUCCUCCCGUACGAGGUCCACUCGCUCGAGCAGCAGUGCAAGCGCGCCUGGGCACAGCUGCAGGAGCGCCCGAACCCGCUCGCCAAGUACACUUUCCUCUCGUCCCUGCGCGACCAAAACAUCGUCCUCUUCUACUCUCUCUGCCUGCGGCAUCUCAACGAGCGUGCGUCUCUGCUCUCUUUCUCUCCCUCUCCGACCGUCGGCGAGGCGAUUCAGAAGUACUCGACUAUCUGGCGUCGCCCUGAUGGCCUGUUCCUGAGCUACAAGCACCGUCACCAGCUCAAGUGCGUCGACUUGAUCGUCGUCACGGACUCGGAGGGCAUUCUCGGUAUCGGUGACCAGGGCGUCGGAGGCAUCCUCAUCUCGAUGGGCAAGGCCAACAUCUACACGCUCGGCGGCGGCAUCGACCCAUCCCGAAUCCUCCCCGUCGUGCUCGACGUCGGUACCGACAACCCGGCCCUGCUCAACGACCCGCUCUACCUCGGCCUGCGCCGCAAGCGCAUUCGCGGCGAGAAGUACGACCAGUUCGUCGACAAGUUCUGCGACAUUGUGCGCGAGGCAUACCCGCAGGCGAUGCUCCACUUCGAGGACUUUGCUGUCGACAAUGCGUCGAGGCUUCUGCAGAAGUUCCGCCCCAAGCAGUCGUGCUUCAACGACGACUCGCAGGGCACCGCCGCAGUUGUGCUCGCGGCGCUCGUCUCGGCCGUCAAGGUCGCGAAGAGCGAGCUCAAGGACCAGCGCAUCGCCAUCCUCGGCCUCGGCACCGCCGGUCUCGGCAUCGCCGACGGCCUGCGCACGGCGCUCAUGACCGAGGAGGGCCUGUCGUCGGACGAGGUCCGCCAAAUGUUCUACUGCGUCGACCGCCCGGGCCUCCUCACCUCGGCGCACUCGGAGCUCCUUCGCCCGGGCCAGGAGCACUUCAUCCGCGACGCCGACGAGGUCUCGGCUUGGGCUCGUGACGAGAACGGUCGCAUCGACCUCCUCGAGACGGUCAAGCAGGCCAAGCCGACCAUCCUCAUCGGCUGCUCGACCCAGUCGGGCGCGUUCACCGAGGAGGUCGUCAAGGAGAUGGCGAGCCACGUCGACCGCCCGAUCAUCUUCCCGCUCUCGAACCCGACUCGUCUCGCCGAGGCCGACCCGGCCGACAUCAACAAGUGGACGCACGGCAAGGCCCUCAUGGCUACCGGCUCGCCCUUCCCUGCCGUCCUCAAGCCGGACGGCAAGCUGCACAAGGUCGCCGAGGCUGUGCGUCCCUUUCUCCCUCUUUGGAGCCUCAUCUACCCUGGUUUCGGCCUCGGCGUCAUCGCCGCACGCGCAACUCGUUUCACCGACAGCAUGAUCACCUCGGGCGUGAGCGCGCUCGCGCAGCUCUCCCCAGCACUCGAGGAUCCCGCCGAGUCGCUCUUGCCCGCACUACACGACCUUCGUCACGUCUCGGUCAAGGUCGCGGUCGCAGUCGCCAAUGCCGCUCGGGCAGAGGGCGUCAGCCAGAUCCAGCGCGACGACCCCUUUACCGAGGAGGAGGUUCGCCGCAUGCAGUGGGACCCUGUGUACCGUCCCCUCGAGCUCGUGGACGUCUGA